AUGGGUGUUGAAGGAUGGGAGAAUCCGCCUCAAAAUGUGCGCCAGGCUUUAAAGACAGGCGGUCUGUCUGCUGCGACCUGGGUUUUGCUUUCCUCUUGUUCUGGCAUUUGCUCAACGUCGACAGAGUACCUGGCAAGCAUGAAGUUCAUGCUAGGAGCCGCACAACUGCUGUGGGUGCCUUAUCUGACCACGGCCAGUUUGCUCGAGAGACAAGUUUCGUCGUCAGUCAGCAGCUCUGUUUCUAAUAGUGGGGUGUCGAGUUCGACGUCUUCAGUUUUUACUGUAGCCACGCCUGGGUCAAACCCAACUGUGAAUAGCAGUAACCAUGAUCUGUCGCAACACUUUUGUCGAUUAUGGAGGCAUCAGAGUGUGUACGUCGAGGGAAAGAUAUACAUCGAUGGAGGAAAUACAUAUAUUCCUACUGGCGAUACUACUUUUUCCAACACUAGUUCGACAGAAUAUGUCCAAGGAAUGAAUGACAUCCUCCUUGUCCUCGAUCUCUCCAAUAACUUCACGAACCAAGAUACUGCACCAUAUAGCGCAAUCGAUAAAGGCCCGCAAGUUCCUAACGCAAUUAUCGAAGGUGCCCUGUGGUGGUCUGCUGUAACAAGAAAAAUAUAUCAGCUCGGUGGUUGGUUCUCGACCAACUCAAAUCAGGAUCCGGGCUAUAUCACAAGUUCAGAACUCCCUCCAUCAUCAAUCUGGGAGUUCGACGUCGACUUGAAGACAUGGGUACAAUCCGCUUUCAAUUAUGUGAAUACUGGAACCAAAGUCGAUCGUCCAGGAGCAGCUGCGAACUGCGACGCUCCGGCCCUGAACAAGAGUUUCAUCUUUGAAGGAUAUGUCGAGUACAGAUCUGAUAUUGCAUACAACAACUGGUCCAGUGGAGCUUCCACCACAUUCAAAUUUCUCGAGGGAAUGCUGCAGCUCGAUUCGAAUACAUCACCGCCUACCCUUUCCAAUAUUUCUGUUCCUACCUACGUUGGACCUCGAAUGAACGGUGCCAUGAUCCACGUACCAGUCGGCCCCAAAGGUGUUAUCGUGCAGAUCGCAGGCCAGACGACAGUUGAUCCCACCCCGUUUGGCAUACCUAUCCUUAGCGCCAAUCAAAAGAAUACUGAAAUCAACAAUACUUAUGUGGAUAUCUAUGACAUCGAAAGUGGUUAUUGGUUCCGCCAGCAAACCUUUGGUGUACCUGACGUUCCUACUUCCAGGGCUGAUAUUUGUGUUAUUCUUGUUACUGCACCUGAUCAAAGCUCAUACAACAUAUUCAUGGUUGCUGGAGUUUUGACGUACAACGUUCCCAUCACUAGUGAAGAGAUGUGGGUUCUUACAAUUCCCACAUUCCAGUGGGUCAAGGUUCAUACUCGUCCUGGUGGAUACUACGGACACACCUGUCAUCAAGUUGGAGAGAAUUUGGUCAUUGUUGGAGGAAUGGAGACUAACGCACAAGGUGGCAAUGCGAACAACUGCUCUUCUCAUAUGCCUGCAGAGAUUUUCAGUCUUGCAUCGAUGAACUACACAGGAGUGUUUGAUGCAGCUGGUGCACAAAGGGCACCUCCAGUCCCAGCUGACGUUGUUACCUUGAUUGGCGGUACUUCAACUGGUGGAGCUGUUGUCACAAAGCCCUAUCUCUGGUCUGACCUUUACCUCCAAUAUGUCUUCAACCCAAGUCUCCAACGGCCAGCGUAUACACCAACCUAUACUCUAGCAAAUGCCACCGGCACUACGACCAAUACCACAACCCCGACACCUACACCGUCUUCGUCGCCGUCCCAUGUCCCCGCUGGUGCCAUAGCCGGAGGAGUCGUCGGUGGAAUCGCGGUGAUCGCCUUGGCCAUCUUCCUCAUCAUCUUCUUCGCCCGCAAGAAGAAAGCCAGAAAAGAGGCCGAGAUCCUCGCGGCAGCAGAUCCCAACGUGCACCCUCACCCAACCAAUGAGCUUCCCACGUACCAAGACGCCAAAGACCAGAAUGCCGUCGAGGUCUCGGCUUACCAACAGCCACUUGUCUUUUCCCACUACCAACCUUCUGUUCCAGCGAACCUGCAUCCGGCGGAAAUGUAUGCUGGCGAGGAAAAUGACAGGUUUGUUACGAUGCCGGAUGCUGUUCCUGAACGCAGCCCGCGGGUUGGGAGCCCGGGUCGAUUUUCGGAGAUGAGCUAUAAUACAGGUGGAAGUCCAAGCCUGGAGCCGAUGACUCCUUUGACACCUGGUGGGAGACACAGUAGGCAAAGCGAGGUCAGCAGAACUAGUGUUGGAGGGCAACCGAGUCCGAGGAUGGACAGCGGGAGGUUAAGUAGACAGAGCGAGGUUAGUGGUCCUUCGGAACCCUAA